AUGGAAGAUUAAGUCUAGUAGAAAUUAGAAGAUGCUCCAAUAUUAUCAAAUCUUGGAGAUCAGUCAGAGGUAAUAAUAGUUUAUGUUACAGUUCCAAGUUAAGAGAAAGCUGAGGAACUUGGAUCUUUAUUGGUUGAGAAGAAAUUAAUAGCUUGUGCUAAUAUCAUCCCAGGACUGACAAGUAUUUACUCUUGGAAGAAUGAAAUAUGCGUAAAUCACCUUGAAUAUUAAACUAUAUAAUAGAAAGAUAAGGAGUUCCUAAUAAUGAUGAAGACAAGGAAAAAUGUAUUUUAAGAGCUUGUCAAUACUGUGAAAGCAAAUCAUCCUUAUGAAUGCCCUGAAGUCAUAUCUGUAAAUAUCUAAGACGCCUAUCAGCCUUACUAUAAUUGGGUGCUGGAAGAAACUAAAAAGAACUGA